AUGGCUUGGGGUACGGCUCAAACCCGAGCCUCCUCCAAAGGACUAGCUGGCCUGCUUGUCUUCCUCUUUGGGACCUGGCUGAAUGUGUACCCUGAAUGGCAGCGCCACGUCUGGAAGCGGGAAGCCUGCCAUCAAGGGCGACUUUACAUGGGUGGGCUGUUCUCCCUGGCGCGACACAUCAAUUACACCGGAGAGAUCUUAUCUUUUGUGGGCUUCUCGCUGGUGACGGGUGCUUUGUGGACAAUGUGGGUGCCUGCUGUCAUGGGGCUCGGAAUGUGCACCUUGAGCAUUAGGGAGAUCGAGUUCUACCUCAGCCAAAGGUACAAGGAGGAUUGGGCCGUUUACAUCCAGCAGGUCCCAUGGCUUAUGAUCCCUGGCCUUUUCUAG